UUUUUCCGUUUUGUAUGAAAACCCUAGAGACAUAAGCUUCAAUUGCUUACUCAUAAAUUAUUCAUUGGAUAUUGACAGUUUUGUUUUUUCACCAAUGAUUGAAAGUUAAAUAAGUUAAAAAUUUCCUCCAUCUCGGGAACUGCUAAUGGCGUCUACUGCUAAUUCUCAGUCGGUGUUCAAUGUGUUCGUGUAUGGCAGCCUAUUAGCUGACGACGUCGUUCAUGCACUCCUCAAACGCGUCCCUCCCUCUAAUCCUGCUAUUCUCCACAACUACCACAGGUUUAGCAUUAAAGGGCGUGUUUAUCCUGCCAUUCUACCCGUAGAAAACAAGAAAGUUACUGGGAAGGUUCUUUUGGAUAUCACUGUUCCUGAAUUAAAUAUCCUGGACAUAUUUGAGGACAUUGAGUAUGAAAGGACGACUGUUGAUGUUUCCCUAAUGGAUAGUUCCAAGACAUUGCAGGCUGAAACAUAUGUUUGGGUUGACAAGAAAGAUCCAAAUUUAUUUGGGGAAUGGGACUUUGAGGAAUGGAAACAGUUGCACAAGGGAGACUUCUUGAAAAUGACAAUGGGGUUCAGCGAAGAACUGGAACUACCAGAUUCAAAAACCAGUGUGGCAACUUAUGAAUCCUUCUACGCACAAGAAGAGAAUAAGUCCAAGCCUUGAUGUAGUUAAGUCUCAACCAAUAAAAGAAUAAAGAAGCCUCCUCAACUCCCUCCCCCAGCCCAAAAAAGGGGGUAAGUGUGGUUAGAAAGUAUGGCUAUUCAGUCUGCAAUGCAGAAGUCUUCUCAAUCUAUUUGUGGAUAGACUUGAGUAAACCUCAUAUAAUAUUUGUAGAUGCUAGAUAGUAUUCAAAAGGGGUAGCAUAUUUUUUGCUUGUGCUCUAAUUAAAGCAGGCGUAUGAUUGAACAACAGCAUUUCUUGCCAAUACACAAACAGCUUCCUGUACACCAGAUCCCCUGUUAGCUUUCCCCCAUAUAAAGUCCCUUCUCCAGAUUUUGACGCUUUACUAUGAUGUAUUUCUAGCUUAAACUGAACUUUCAGUCCGCAAGUACUGUUUGGGGUCAUUUGGUUGAAGAGAUAA